AUGAUAAUCAAAAGAAUGAGUUACUUCUACAUGACCAGCUUUUGGCUUCUCUUCCUGAUUAAUAUUCCCCCUGAAACAACUGGCCAAGGGGAAUCAAGACGACAGGAACCUGGGGAUUUUGUGAAGCAGGAUAUUGGCGGACUGUCUCCCAAACAUGCCCCAGAUAUUCCCGAUGAUAGCACUGAAAACAUCACCAUCUUCACCAGAAUCUUGGAUCGUCUUCUGGAUGGCUAUGACAACCGGCUGCGACCUGGUCUUGGAGAUGCAGUGACUGAAGUGAAGACUGAUAUCUAUGUGACCAGUUUUGGCCCUGUGUCAGAUACUGACAUGGAGUACACCAUAGAUGUAUUUUUUCGACAGACAUGGCAUGAUGAAAGACUGAAAUUUGAUGGACCAAUGAAGGUCCUUCCACUGAACAAUCUUCUGGCUAGUAAAAUCUGGACCCCUGACACCUUCUUUCACAAUGGGAAGAAAUCGGUGGCCCAUAACAUGACCACACCUAACAAGUUGCUCAGACUGAUAGACAAUGGAACCCUCCUCUACACAAUGAGGUUAACAAUUCAUGCUGAGUGUCCCAUGCAUUUGGAAGAUUUUCCCAUGGAUGUGCAUGCCUGCCCACUGAAGUUUGGAAGCUAUGCCUAUACAAAAGCUGAAGUGGUUUAUUCUUGGACUCUUGGGAAGAACAAAUCUGUGGAAGUAGCACAGGACGGCUCUCGCCUGAAUCAGUAUGAUCUGCUGGGCCAUGUUGUUGGGACAGAUAUAAUCCGCUCUAGUACAGGAGAAUAUGUUGUCAUGACAACCCACUUCCACCUCAAGAGAAAAAUUGGCUACUUUGUGAUCCAGACCUACUUGCCGUGCAUUAUGACUGUCAUUCUGUCACAAGUGUCUUUCUGGCUCAACAGAGAGUCUGUUCCUGCCCGUACAGUCUUUGGUGUCACCACUGUUCUCACUAUGACCACUCUGAGUAUCAGUGCCAGAAACUCCUUACCUAAAGUGGCAUAUGCGACGGCCAUGGACUGGUUCAUAGCCGUCUGUUAUGCCUUUGUAUUUUCUGCGCUGAUUGAAUUUGCCACUGUCAACUACUUCACCAAGAGGAGUUGGGCUUGGGAAGGCAAGAAGGUACCAGAGGCCCUCGAGAUGAAGAAAAAAACACCAGCAGCUCCGACAAAGAAAAUCGGCACCACCUUCAACAUCGUGGGGACCACCUAUCCCAUCAACCUGGCUAAGGACACUGAGUUCUCCACCAUCCCCCAGGGUGCUGCUCCAAGUGCCCCCUCAACCCCAACUACUAUUGCUUCACCGAAGACCACCUACGUGCCGGACAUCCCAACUGAAACCAAGACCUACAAUAGUGUCAGCAAGGUUGACAAAAUUUCCCGCAUCGUCUUUCCUGUGCUCUUUGCCAUUUUCAAUUUGGUCUAUUGGGCCACAUAUGUCAACCGUGAGUCAGCUAUUAAGGGCAUGAUUCGCAAACAAUAG